CAGCUCAGAGGAGCGGAAAAUGGACGUCAGAAAUUUGGAAAAAUAUGUCUGUCUAGGCUGUUUAGGAGUCGUGCAGUUUCUCAUGAUGACAGAUAAAAACCUCUUCAGGAGUCGCAAGGAACCGUAAUGGAGACUAUGAAACAAUAACGAGUCAACGGGAAGUUAAUUUUUUACAUUUUUAAACAGGUCUAAUAGCUUAAGCUUUUCAGUUAUGAAUGCUAAUAUAUGGCAGCUGGGUGUAGGCAAAUCAUGUAGCCUACUAACUCAUGUUGUUUAUUUAUUUUCAGAACUCCAAGCAUUAUAGCCCAGCAUUAAAUGGGUCUAAUGGAAUUGCAUUUGAAUGCGUUUGACAACACUGAUAAACUACUAGGCCUAAUAAUUUGACAAUUCGCAUUUUCUUUUAAAUACAUUUAGUUUAUCGUCUAUAUAACUGAGAACCAAAUACGUGACAGUUAUGAGUAGACCUAUUUUUUUUUUACAGCAGAUAUUGCCUCUGUAGUAAAGUGAGGUAAAGGGGCGGUGUUUGGAGAUAGGCCCCCUGCGACUAUGACGGCUCUGUACAUGCGUGUUGAGCUGACUGCCUGGUAGAGCGUCUCAAAACUCCCGGAAAGUUUAAUCGUGCGGACGGUUUUACCAGAGCCUAAAAAGACGAUUUUCGUUUUGCUCGUCUGGCCCGUGUCAGACCAGCUGCUCACAGGUGGAACCAAGAACCUUCAUGAGGAGCAUAGCGCUGGUUCAGGGACCAUGUGACGUGUUUCUGAGUCCCCCCCAGGGGUUGGCCCUCUCGUGACCACAGCCUGGCUCUCUGCUGCUCACCAUCCUGGCCAGCUGCUGACGUAUUCAAAGCCUUUCAAGUCUUUCUUCACCCAGAAGACGGAAAGAAAUGCUCCCUCUCCCCCAGCCAACAUCCCCUUCAGGUUGUGAUCAGUCUCUCCAGGAGCUGAAUCGGCCAUGAGUGAGCCUUUCGACUGUGGGAACUGCAAGGAGUCCCUGUACGGACGCAAAUACAUUCAGCUGGAGGAGGUUCCUCACUGUAUCCCCUGCUACGAUCGCCUGUAUGCUAACACCUGUCAGGAGUGCAAGCAACUCAUCGGACACAAUGCCAGGGAGCUGUUCUACGAGGACAGACACUACCAUGAACACUGUUUCCGGUGUUUCCGCUGCGAACGCUCGCUAGCAGACGAACCCUUCACCAGCCAGGAGGAGGCGCUGGUCUGCAACGACUGCUACUGCAAUGAGUUCUCCUCUAAAUGCGUGGCCUGCGACAAGACCGUCAUGCCAGGCUCCAGGAAGCUUGAGUACGGAGGAUCCACCUGGCAUGAGGACUGUUUCCUGUGUCACGGCUGUGAGAAGCCGAUCGGUGCCCAGGCCUUCAUCCCAGACAAGGACUUCUACUACUGCGUCCCCUGCUACGAGGGCAGGUUUGCCCCGCGAUGCACACACUGCAAGAAGACCCUGGCUCAGGGAGGGGUGACCUACAAGGACGAGACGUGGCACAAGGAGUGUUUCCUGUGUACAGGGUGCCAGAUACCUCUGGCGGGACAACCCUUCACCUCCCAGGGAGACAGCCCCUACUGCGUCAAGUGCUUCAGCAACCUGUACGCACAGAAGUGUGCCUUCUGCAACACCGCCAUCACAGGGUUCGGGGAAGGGAAGUACGUGUCGUUCCAGGAGCGUCAGUGGCACCAGCCCUGCUUCAAGUGUUCUCGCUGCUCCGUGUCGCUGGUGGGCGCCGGUUUCUUCCCCGACCGAGAUCUCAUCCUCUGUAAAGACUGCAACAGCGACGAAUGAGCUUCGCCCUUCACUUCCAGGAGCCACGGCUGACCAAUCAGAUGCAGUGUUUCAUGACCAGACCUAAACAGCCUCUAACCCUUUAACCCCACGUGUAUUCUACCGAUGACCCUCGAGUACCCUAGAGUAUACAAUCACAGUGGAAUAUUUUUGUAUUGCAUGCAUGUCUUUGUUGUUGACUGUGUGUUUCAAACAAAGCUUAUUGAAAUGUAUGUACAGUCUAAAUGCAGCAAACGGUAGAUAUCUUAUAGCCACUACAUGUAUAAUUUCAUCAUAUAUUUAUAAUGUUUAUCUUGUGCUCUUGCUAAAAAAAUCUUGCUUGACUUAUAGGAAUCAAGCGGUCACAUGUUAUUUGUAAAGCUCUUCUUUUUUUUUUUACAAGCUCAUGCCCAGAGAUAUAUGAGGAAAACUCAGAGAGAAGUGUACCUGAGAAGAUAAAGGAGAAGAAGACGCCAGACCAGGUCUUCUUUAGACAGGUCUUCAGACAGGUCUUCAGACAGGUCUUCAGACAGGUCUUCUUCAGACAGGUCUUCAGACAGGUGGUGAGCCAGGUGUGGUCUGUGUUUAUGGUCUCUUCAGAAGGAUUUCAAACAGACAGAGCAUCAAAGGAGAAGGUAAUAUAGGUGAUGCCAACGUGUGUCAUUACCUAGUAGACGUUAGGUAUAUGCACAGUUUGUACAAUAUGAUUUUGCAAGUACACAAAAGUAUAUUUUAUUCCAAAACAAAAAAAUUCACAUUUGUGUAAUUUGGUAAUGAGAGCUUUUAUGUCACUAUAACACAAUUGUUGUGCCUUUUUUACUGUAACAAUGUUAUUUGUAUUACCAGUAAUAAGAUAAUUGUAUGUUAUAAUUGUUACAAUCUGCACUUUUGCAUGAAAUAAAGAUAUGAUCUUAAAUCUGAAUAUUGUGCCAUUAAGGAUGAAUGUACAAUGUUAACAAAAAGUCCACAAUAGUAAAAUAACAGUUCCAGGAUUUGCUUGUUAGGUAACUUACUUCCUGUAUAUAUUGCAACCAAUAGUAAUACUAUUUAAAGCAGACAUUAACUUAUUAACUAACUUUGACCUGUUACCAUUCUAAAGUUUGUGAUCGUGCAGCUUUCACAGCAGCAUUGCUAGGCUGCUGUGAUCAUGUGACUUUCCCCUGAAAUCCAGUGAGAAACAACAUUGACCAGAACAAACACUUUCACUGUCAACAAAGUGAAGCACAGCAAGAUGUCACCAACAUCUGCAUCUUGAACUGAAUAAUUGUUGUUCUGUUUGUUGGUGUUGCAA